AUGCCGUACCUAUCUACUACACACAUCCAAUCUCUUGACCUUUCCUUGCCAACUGGAAGCCUCAUAGUUGUCACCGGCGUCAAUGGCUUCAUUGGAAGCCACAUCGCCGACCAGCUCUUGGCUAUAGGAUACCGCGUUCGAGGCACCGUCCGAAGCUUGGAAAGGUCCGGAUGGUUGAAGGAGUACUUUGGGCAGAGGUACGAGACUGGAAGUUUUGAGCUCGUUGAAGUAGUGGAAAUCGACAAGGAGGGCACCUUUGACAACGCAAUUGCUGGGGCCAACGGCAUCGUCCACAGCGCAGCGAUAAACAAUCUCGAUAGAAACCCAGACAAUGUUGUCCCCAAAAUGAUUGCCGCCACCCUCAGUAUCGCCAAGUCGGCUGCAAAGUCUCCUUCUGUCAAGCGGCUCGUUCUCACGUCGUCGAUUGCAGCCGUUGCCGAUCCAAAGCCAGGUGUUGCUGAAGAGCUCACCAAAGAUACAUACAACGAAGAAGCCGUCGAAAUCACCUACUCUGGAAACAUCCCUCCCGGCCUAUUUGGGGGGCAUACCGUGUACGCUGCGGGUAAAGUCAAGGCGGAGCAGGCGUUCUGGCAGUGGUACAGGGAAGAGAAGCCUGACCUUGUCGUAAACACGGUCCUUCCUAGUCCCUGUUUCGGAAGGGUCCUUUCCGUAGAGAAUCAGGGUUUCGGCUCGGCAAACGCGGUCUUGAAGCUUCUGUUCGACGGCGAUACGUCUGAAAACGUACUCGACAUGCUCCUAGCGCAAUGGUACAUCGACGUCGUAGACGUAUCCAUCCUCCACCUUGGUGGUCUACUACUCCCAGAGGUCAAAUCUGAAAGGCUUUUUGCGAGUGCCGGCACAUACACGGUAAACGACUUGCUGCGUAUUUUCCGCACCCUUCACCCCGAUCUGAACAUCAGCGACGAUAUUCCCAACGUCAAGCCUGACCUCAGAAAGGUCCCCAACGAACGGUCAGCCGAGGUGCUGAAACUGCUGGGCGUUCCGGCCUGGACCUCGUUGGAAGACUGUAUUGGGCCUUUGGCAGAGCAAUUUGCAGCAGUUUCCGAGCAAGGUAGCAACCGUAGAUGA